AUGGCGGCCAAAGCCUUAAUCAUUGCCUGUUUGGCCCUUCAAGCCAACAUCAUUGCUGGAUUAGAUUGCUCACCUUCAUAUUCGUCCGGAUAUGAACAGAAGGAAUAUUCUUCACACUCAGCUCCAUCAUAUGGUCCCAAGCCUCAGGCAUAUUCUGCUCCACAAUCAUACGCAUCUUCUUCAUACUCAGCUCCGUCAUAUUCGGCACCUUCCUACUCUGCUCCUUCACAUUCUUCUCCAGCUUAUGGUAAACCACAAGCUCACUCUUAUCCUUCUUCAUACUCAGCUCCGUCAUACUCGGCACCAUCACACUCUGCCCCAUCAUACUCGGCACCGUCACACUCUGCUCCAUCAUACUCGGCACCAUCACACUCUGCUCCAUCAUACUCGGCACCAUCACACUCUGCCCCAUCAUACUCGGCACCAUCACACUCUGCUCCAUCAUACUCAGCACCAUCACACUCUGCCCCAUCAUACUCGGCACCAUCACACUCUGCCCCAUCAUACUCUGCUCCGUCAUACUCGGCACCAUCACACUCUGCCCCAUCAUACUCUGCUCCGUCAUACUCGGCACCAUCACACUCUGCCCCAUCAUACUCGGCACCAUCACACUCUGCCCCGUCAUACUCUGCGCCAUCAUAUUCUCCCGCAUCUCAAGUUUACGGCAAACCCCAAUCAUAUUCCGCCCCUUCUUAUAAUGCUCAAUCUUACUCUGCUCCUUCAUACUCUACUCCAGCUUAUGGUAAACAACAAUCUUACUCAGCUCCUUCUUACUCCGCCCAAUCUUACUCUGCUCCAGCUUACGGUAAGCAACAAUCUUACUCUGCUCCGUCGGCGUCCUAUGAACAACCGAAGUACCCAGUAUCCCAAUAUUCAGCUCCCUCAUACGAAGCUAAGCCACAAUCAUAUUCAGCUCCCGCUCCAUCAUACAACAAAGAACCAUCCCACUCCGCAUCGGCCUACCCAUCUUACCCAAGCCAAAAAGCUCAUUCUGAAGAAUCUUACUCACCAAAACCGUACAAAUUUGAAUACAGCGUAAAUGACGAACAUACAUAUGAUAUCAAAAGCCAAAAGGAAGAAAGUGACGGAUAUCACGUAAAAGGAUACUACACUUUGUUGGAGGCUGAUGGCUCCCGUAGAACUGUCGAGUAUACCGCAGAUGAAAAUGGUUUCAACGCGGACGUGAAAAAAGAAGAAGCUCAAGGUUACAACAAAGCAGCUCCAGCGUACAACAAGGACUCCCAAGCAUAUAAAUCUGCCCCAGCUGCUUACAGCGCACCAUCACACAACAAACAAGAAUCGUCAUAUGGUGCACAACCUUCUUAUAACGCACCUGCCUACAACAAACAAGAAUCGUCGUACGGUGCCCCAGCCAAACAAUCUCAAGAAUACGAAGCUCCGUCGUACUAA